UAAAAAUAAUAAUAAAAAAAACAAAAUGUUGUUCUUGGUAAUAUUAUCGGUAUUGUUGGGUCAUAUAUCCUGUGCCUCUCGUAUUAUUGGUGGGCAAUUUGCCACUCCUGGCCAAUUUCCCUUCCAAGUCUCGCUACAACUGAAGGGUCGUCAUCACUGUGGUGGUUCUAUAAUUUCGGAAAAUUUUAUAGUAACGGCAGCUCACUGCACCAUUGGCCAGAGUCCUUCACAAAUGAAAGUUAUUGUGGGCACCACCGAUUUAUUGGCUGGCGGUGGCCAGGCUUUAAACAUAGCCCAAUUCAUCAUACAUCCUCAAUACAAUCCCCAGUCUCAGGACUUCGAUAUGUCGCUUAUUAAACUCAGCCAACCCUUGAAAUUGGGUUCCUCCACCGUUGACAAAAUCGAAAUGGCUGGACCUGAUGCUAAUUUUGCCGCCGACACUUUGGCCACCAUUAGCGGUUUUGGCGCCAUCAAUGGCAAUCUCCAGUUGCCCAACAAAUUGAAAUUCGCCGAUGUUCAGCUGUGGAGCCGUGACUUCUGUAAUCCCAAAAAUAUUCCCGGUGUCACCGAUCGUAUGAUCUGUGCUGGCCAUCCCAGUGGACAGGUUAGCUCUUGCCAAGGUGACAGUGGUGGCCCCUUGACGGUGGAGAAUAAAUUGUUCGGUGUUGUAUCCUGGGGUUUCGGUUGUGGUGCUCAAGGCAAACCUGCCAUGUACACUUAUGUGGGUGCUUUGCGUUCUUGGAUCAAGCAAAAUUCGGGAGUUUAA